GCAUUCCGUGACUUCGGUGCUAUAGUUACUGAAUAGAAAAGAUAAUUCAGCGAUUAUUUGUGGGCAAAGUGUUGUAACAAAGAUGCCCGCUGAUACAGAUAAGCUUUUCGUUCGAUAUGGCGAGCUUGCCCGGGCAAUCACUGGCUCAGGAGUCGAAUAUCUCACGGAGCACUGAAGCUGGAAUCUCGGUAAAUUUGUUGCUGUUCGGUGGAAAUUUGGUGGAACAGGCUUUUGAAGCAGCUAUGGAAGAAAUUCAAGCUAACAAUGAUAACGAGGUUGUAGGGAAAGACAAACAACAAGGAGAUGAGGAAGAAAAUAAAUCAGCAAAUGAGCCUGCUGGAUCAUCCACAGACAACUCUAAUGCGACACAGACAAAAGAACAAGACGAGGUAGAGGGCAGUGAUGGGUUUGAUCAAGUUGAUGCUGCGGCUAUGAUAAGCCAGCCACGCCCAUUGCACAUCACACAGUUAUGGGAUAGUCACGAAAGUCAGCCUGCUGUUAAAGAACAGAAAGGAACAAAUUCUGAAGUUCCUAAAAGAGAAGUUACAAGUACACAAAGCAACUCUAGUUCUGAGGAAGAUUCUGCCGCUGAGAAAGAAGGAAAGAAAAAGAAGUUGAGAAAGAAGAAACAAGCAGGAAAGGGAGAGCAAGAUGACGAAGAGAAAGAUGAACUGAAAGAUAAAGUGAAUAAGCUAACAAGGGAGAAUGAAUCUAUGAAAAAUACUAUUGACAAUCUGAAAAGAGAGAAAUUCUCUUUAGAGGAAAAUCUUGAAGAGGAAAGGAAUAAAAUAGAGAAACUUACAGAUCAACUAAGACAAGAAAAGGAAGAACUCCACAACCAACUUUCAGAGCAAUCAAGUGACCUUGGUAGCAGUUCUGCUUUAGCCAAGGAAAAAGAUGAAACCAUUGCACAGUUAAAACAAGAAAUAGCUCAGCUUCAAGGUCGUAUUGAAACAUUAACAAGAAGUGAGGACGAUACAAAGAAAAAAAAGGAUGAAGUAAUGGCAUCAUCGCAGGAAGCUGCUAAAGAUUACGAGAACAAGAUAAAGGAACUGGAGGCUGACAACAAGGAUAAGGGCCGACAGUUGGAAGAAACAUCAGAAAAUUUGAACCGGUCAUUGACAUCUUUGCGUGAUCAAGAAAAGGCGACCAGUAGCCUGCGGGAAGAGAAUGAAUUACUGAAAAGUUGGGUUUCUUUACUUGAGAAAGAGGUGGCAAGCAGUAAGGAAGAAGUCACAAAAGCACAGAAGGAAAAUUCUAAACUCCAGACCGACCUGAGCAAUGCUGAAACCCGCAGUACUCAUCUGAACAGCACUACUCAGAGGCUCCAGAAAGAGGUCACAAAACUGAUCGAGGAAAACAAAUCGCUAGAAAAAAAAGGUUCAGAAAUUGAGCAAAAAGUCACUCAAGAAGUCCAGAGAAAACUGCAGAAUAGAAUCCGUGAACUGGAGGAAAAAGUGAUUAAAGUCAAUGAGGAAAAGAAAAAAAUCAAGGCAGAUUAUGAUGAAGCUGUUAAAGCUUUAGAAGCUGUUGACAAAGUGUACAGUGUCAGAGAGAAUACUCUUGAAAAAUACAAGGCAGACUAUGAAGAAGCUACUGAUAAGAUCAAAGAAAAUGAAAAAGAGAUUGAUAGACUGAAGAGUGACCUUUCAAAGAAUAAAGAGAAGUUAACAAGAGCUCUGGAGUACAAAGCUGACCGAGAAGAACUCAAAGAUCACCUUAGGAAAAGCAAAGAGGCAAUUGCUUUGCAGCGAGAGGAAACAGAACAAGUCAGGAAGGAUUUGGACGAGGAGCGGCAUGGCUUAAAAAUGGCACAAGCGAGAGCUCAGGAGAGAGGAAGGAAGAUUCAGGUGUUAAACCUGGAACUCACAGAAGUCAAGGACACCUUACAGAUUGCCAGAAAUGUUAUUGAUGAAAAAGAAAACAACAUGAAAAGUUUAAGAGAAAGUUUAGCAGCUGAGAAAGAACAGAAAGCAAAAUUGGAAAAGGAACUGGAAAUCAUUCCGCAUCUAGAGAAAAAACUACAAUACACAGAAGAAGAAAAACAUAGAUUAGAAUGUAGACUGAAAAAUACAGAACUUGAGCUGAAAGAAACUCAAAACAGUCUUGAACAAUCAAUCAGCAAAAGAAAAGAGAUGGAUCAGAAUGUGGACAAUUUAGAAAGAGAUAAAAAGCAUCUGGACAAUGAGCUAGAAGAGAAACGAGUUGAAAUAACAAAUUUGAAAGGGUGUAUAAAAGAACAAGAUCAAGAAAUUGAUAAUAAAUUGAUGGAAAUUGUACAGAUGGCAGACUCAAUGGAUGAUCUGAGAGACCAGCUUGAGGAUGUGUUGACAUCUUACCACAAUGAUCGGGAAUGGUGGAAACAAAGAGCUGACAAGGUGUUGGGAAGGCGACCUAAAAGUGCCCCGCCCAGGAGGAGACCAGGCAAUGAAUUUCCAAAUGGUGGAAUGAGUUUAUCAUCCAGACGUCUUAUGAACAGAAUGGGUGCGCCGCGUCUAAACCAGAGUUACAUUAACAGCAGGCGUAAGGUUACACGACAGAGGCCUGAAGAGCAAACUCCUAAAGUCACAACAAAAGAAAAUGAGGAUGUGGCUGAUGGCAGCCCAGGACACACGUCAGCUCCAGAGACUUCACCCAGACCCCCAAGUACUCCUCCACCCGGCAAGCCAAGACCCAAGCGUCCCGCCUCUUCAUAUGGCAUCAGAUCACACUGGUCGCAUGACGAUGGAAUGUUAGGGAUGGGAUACUAUAGUGACAUGGGCCCUGUCAUGGAGGAGACUGGGUUAAAUGGUUAUGAUGCUGAUGACGAAAUCUUCUCUUCAUGUGCUGUCCACAAAGGUGACAAGGUCAUGAUACAAAGCAAAAUUAGUGGAGAAGAAAAGAUGAAUAUUACCGGAUUAGUGAAGUAUGUUGGUAAACUUGGCAGUGGAGGUGGUGGCAGCAUGUUUGUGGGACUCAAACUUGAUCAACCAGGUAUUUAAAAAAAAAUACUGGGAAAAAAUUAAUCCUUUUUUACCCGUUUAACAGUAAAGCUCGCUAUGCUCCACAGUAUAAAGAUCAACAGUUUUAUCCUAACUUAAGG